AUGGAUGACGAUGACGAUCUGUUGGCUUCACUGGACAUGGAGUCCAUCCCGAAACUAGCUGCCGUUACGCCAAGCACUAGCCAGCAGAUUUCAGGAUCAUCCGGAUCUUCCAACAGUGCACCGGCAACCGACGCUCCGGUGGUGAUUGCGAAAGCAAACAAAGGAAAUUGCAUCUUGGUCAACCCGAAGCAGCGCGGCAAUCCGCUACUGAAGGCCAUUCAAAACAUACCCUGGGAGUACGAUGAUAUCGUGCCGGACUAUGUCGUCGGAACCGUGGCGUGCAUACUGUUUCUGUCGUUGCGCUACCACAAUCUCAAUCCCGACUACAUCCACGCGCGGCUGAAGCAAUUGGAAAAAAAGUACGAACUGCGCGUGUUGCUGGUACAGAUCGACAUUCAGCAGCCGCAGAAUGCUCUGAAGCACCUGACCCGCAUAUGCCUGCUGGCGGACCUGACGCUAAUGCUGGCCUGGAACGCGGACGAAGCGGGUCGCAUCGUGGAGAAGUACAAACUGUUCGAACAUCGACCCCCGGACUGGAUCAUGGAACGGGCGGAAAAGUAUCCACACGAAAGGGCGGUCCGAGCGCUGACCAGCAUCAAGCCGGUCAAUCAAACGGAUGCGAUGAUAUUGCUGCAAAACUACGGUACGCUGGCCAAUCUCAUCAACAGCGGCGAGGAGAAGCUCAGCAUGGUUUCGGGAUUGGGGCCGAGAAAGGUGAAAAAGUUGCACAAAACAUUUAAUGAAAAUUUUCGUAGUUAA